UAUGACUGAUCUCGUUUGACCUGUGCGAGGGGUGUGUGAGCGUGUUUGUGAAAAGGGAGCGCAUGCGCUACACGGAAACCACAGGCGUCAGAAGCAGGGACCGCAACGUUUGCAGAUUUUACAUGUCAGAUCGAAGUAGAAGGGGGAAGAUGGGCACUGAUUUAGUCGGAUAAAGAACGGGAAUAUGACAUGGCGGUGUGGAAAUAUAAUUAAAAACCUGGAUUGUUUCAAAUUGAAAUCUCAGUCAAGGACGCUCGGAGAUUGAAGGCGUGACUUGCAUCAAAUUGAUAACAGAAGUUACAUUAAUUGCAGGGUUUCUUCAAGGGGAAAGAGAGAGAGAGAGAGAGAGAGAGAGCGAGCGCGGGGGGGAUAGCCUACGGGUGAAAACAACGAUCGGAUGAAAUUAUCCAUCGCUUAAACGUGAAUCUACAAGAAAGGAUGUGCGUAAAUCCGACGUGAUGAGAAAUAAAACGAAUGAACAGAACUGUAUUGCCGAUGCGAUCCGUCGGUGUUAUUUGUCUGAGUUGAGGAUUGAUCAGUUCCUCCAUCACCCUCCCCAUCUCGGUGUCUGUGGAUAAUGGAGAGUGCAAAUGGCUCGAACGGCGAAAUCAAGCAACAUAUCCAUCAGCUGGAAAAGAAACGCCUAAACAGGGCACCUUCCCCUGCGAGACCUGUUCUGAAGGAUAUCCAUUCCCGUGCGUCUGUCAAACCACCAGGAAUAGCGCCUAAAUCUCCCAAACUGUCGAGCAAACAGCAGCCGCCCGUAGGACUCCUGGCCACUCAAAGCCGCAUUUCCCGGCGCCCAGUUUCUGGAACGAAAGAGAAGACCGCUACGACAAAAAGUAAUGCCAAGUCUGUGGCGUCCAAAAAGGCAUCUAAGGUCACCCAAAAUGCAGCAUGGGAACAGAAAGCCCCCAGCAAACAGGGCGACCCAAGUCCAAACGCAACCAAAGGGAAAAAGGGGAAAAUUCCCCCUGUAGUGGAGUCACCUCGUAGUUCACAUGGCCGAGCGUCUCCUGUCUGUGUGCCAACAGAAACCUGUCUCAGUAGGGUCAAUCACACAGACAGCAGCUCGGAUUUGUCCGAUUGUCCAUCAGAGCCACUGUCGGAUGAACAAAGGCUUGUAUUAGCUGCAAACAGCGAUGCAGAAUCUGGCACUGGCUCUGGGUCCAGCGACCGGGAUCCACCGGCAGUUGAGAACCCACUGCAGGGCGCAUCAUCUCCCGAGCCCUCUGGAGGGUCUCAGCCCCUUCCUCGCAUCGUCGAGCCAUACACCAUGUCAGCAGCAAAAGAAAGAUUGUCGCCCGGUUUGCUCACACAAGGACAUUGCAGCACAGAGGAACCACACGGGAAAUCUAAAUUGGAUCUUAAACUGGGGAAGUCACUACCUGCACAAUAUGCACUCAAAGGAAAAAAUGAGUCAAUGGAAGAAGAUUUGUUGAGGGAAAUUGAAGACCUUCGUUCAGAAAACGACUACCUCAAGGAUGAGGUGGACGAGCUGCGGGCAGAGAUGGAGGAGGUGCGGGACAGUUACCUGGAGGAGGAGGUGUACCAGCUGCAGGAGCUGCGGCGUGAGCUGGACCGCGCCAACAAGAACUGCCGCAUCCUGCAGUACCGGCUGCGCAAGGCCGAGCAGAAGAGCCUGAAGGUGGCGCAGACGGGGCAGGUGGACGGGGAGCUGGUGCGCAACCUGGAGCAGGACCUGAAGGUUGCUAAAGACGUUUCUGUGAGGCUGCACAACGAGCUGGAGAACAUGGAGGACAAGCGUACCCGAGCAGAGGACGAGAACGAGCUCCUCCGGCAGAAGAUCAUCGAGGUGGAGAUCUCCAAGCAGGCACUGCACAAUGAGCUGGAGAGGGUGAAGGAGAGCUCCCAGAAGAGAAGAGGGAGCAGGGAACUGCACAAAGAAAAGAAGUCCACUGCUCAGGAAGACAGUGCUGAUCUCAGGUGCCAGCUGCAGUUUGCUAAGGAGGAGUCGACUCUCAUGCGCAAGAAGAUGGCCAAGCUAGGCCGCGAGAAGGACGAGGUGGAGCAGGAGCUGGAGAAGUACAAGUCCAUGUACGGCGACGUGGACAGCGUUGUGCCCGUCGGGGACUGCGGGGGCCCGCCCAGCACCCGCGAGGCGGAGCUGAAACUGCGGCUCAAGCUGGUGGAGGAGGAGGCCAACAUCCUGGGCAGGAAGAUCGUGGAGCUGGAGGUGGAGAACCGGGGCCUGAGGGCGGAGAACGAGGACAUCCGCUGCCAGUACGAGAAGGACUGCCUGGGGAGAGAGCCCCUCUCCAGCGUCCCCACCUCCCCUUACGGCGACGCCCUGGAGUCAGCCGCCGAGCUGCGGCGCCACCUGCAGUUUGUGGAGGAGGAGGCGGAGCUACUGCGGAGGUCCAUCUCGGAGAUCGAGGACCACAACAAGCAGCUGACUUCUGAGCUGAACCGCUUCAAGUUCGGGCCCGGCCAGGAGGGCGGGUGGGCGACGGACGACGGCGCGUCCAGACCCGGGGGUGUACCCGGGAACGGGAAUGGCGGCGGGUGCGGCGUCGGCCCCGGGGGGGCGCUGCAGGAGGAGCUGAAGGCCGCCCGCCUUCAGAUCAACGAGCUGAGCGGGAAGGUGAUGAAGCUGCAGUACGAGAACCGCGUCCUCAUCUCCAACGUGCAGCGCUACGACCUGGCCUCCCACCUGGGCCUCCGGGCGGCCGGCUCCAGGGACAGCGACACCGAGAGCGACGGAGGGAAGAGGGAGGGGGAGAACGAGGAGGGGGGCCGCCCGUCGCCUCCGCAGCCCAGGAGGGAGGGGCCGGUCGGGGGGGAGAGCGAUUCGGAGGACCACUUCGAGACGACGUCGGGCUUUGGCAGCGGGAAGCCUUUGGACGCCGGCAGGCUCUCCAUGGCCGAGCUGGCCCGGCAGAAGAAAGAGGACUCAGAGUCGUUCGCCAACAUGAGGCGGGAAGUGGAGCGUCUAGGAAAAACGGUGGACCGCCUCAUCACAGAUACGGACAGUUUGAUCUACGACGGGAAGGUGCUGCUUACAGGCGGGGAGUAUCUGGAAGAGGAAGCUGAAGGGGACAAGGAUUCGUCGGAGGGCAAGGUCGAGCCUCAGGUGCUGGAUGCCAUCAACGCCCGCAUGAAGGCCUUCAGGACAGAGCUGCGCAGCUUCAUGGAGAAGGUGGACCACCUCAGGGAGGGUCUUGGGGAGAACACGGAUCAUUUCUCUCCCAUGCCCAACCUCACGGAGUCCACCAGCUUCCUGUCCGGGGUCACUUCCAUGUCGCGCGACUCGCCCAUUGGAACCCUAGGAAGGGACCUCAUCACUGACUUCCAGUCCGGUCUGAGGGAUGAACCGGAGUGGCAUCUAGGACAGGACCGUGCCGCCGAGCCCGAGACCCAGCGAGGUCAUCAGGGCUCUGACCAGAGCAAGGGAGCCGAUGGACACAGUAUAUACAACAGGCCAGAGGGUUUAAGUUUGGAGCUCCGGGAUGCCCCCUUUUCUGAGGUCAGUAAUCUGGGAAGAGAGGCCCUGGUCUCGCUGGAGCAGAAGAGGUACCAGGAAGAGCACAAGGGUUACUGUGGCCGCACAGUGCAGGAGCUUCAGGGACUGCGGCAGCAGGACCAGGCCUGGGCACAGGAGAGGACCCUGCUGCAGCAGGACCUGCGUCUCUUCAAGCACAGCACCUUCCUCUUCUACGUCAAGCUCAGAUGGCUCCUUAGGCGCUGGAGGCAGGGCUGCAGGGCGGACGAAGGCGAGGAGGACAACUUCCCAGAGUAUGAGAAGCUGGACAGUAUGUCAGAGCUGGGUGGUCUGAUCGAGCAGGUGGAGGGAGAGGGCGAGGACAGACUCUGCUUCCUGUAUGGCGCGGGAGACUUCCCUGAUCAGGGGCCCCUUCAGAGCCCAGAGUUGUUCCAGCAUCAAAGACAGGUGAGCGAGAGCCGACGAGUGCUGCACGCGCUGCGGAUCCUGCUGGAGGAGUUCCGCCUGGAGCUUCGGGACGAGGAGCAGCGGCGCAGCCAGCUGCAGCAGGCCUACGCCAAUGAGAAGGCCUCCUGGGAGGUGAAGUGGGCGGAGAUGAAAUGCCACUCAGAGCAGCUGGAGCCAGGAAGGGACCUGAAGUUGGAGGACCUGGGAGAGGCAUUCGAUCAGGAGCGGGAGGAGCACAGGCGACUCCUGGCCGAGAACCACAGCGCCACCAUGGACCUGCGCUGGAAACUACAGCACAGUGAAAAGAGGUGGGGCCGGGAGAAGAUGGAGCUGCUGGAGCGCUUCGACCGCGAGAGGCAGGACUGGGACUGGCAGAUGAGAGAGCUCCAUCACAAGAUGGAGAAGCUGCAGAGAGAGGGGGCAGGUCGGUGUUCUGUAGAGCUGAUGGAGGAAGACCACAGGGCAUUGUCCCCCCAGAGGAGCCCCCAUUCUCCCGAGCCCCCCAGGUCCCCCCGCGCUGCCGCCUCCUCCCCGGUCCACUCCCAGUCAGAUUCGGAAGCCCCCGCGGACAGCCGGGCCGAGGUGGUGAGGCUGAAGGGUAGCGAGGCCUUCCGUCCCACCGAGAACCUGUUCCUGGAUGCCCUGUCCCUGGACGCCUUGAGUGACAGCGAGGUGCCCCCUCCGUCCCGUCUGGAGAGUGAGAAGAGGUUCCCGUGCCUAAAUGAGGCUCUGAAUGAAAUAUCAGACCAAAAAGGCCUGUCAUCAUAUCCUAAUGAAGAGAUUCGCAGUGGAAGCCUCCUCAGGGCAAAAUCGGUGUGCUCCAUGAGUGAGUUUCAGCGUCUGAUGGACAGUUCUCCAUACCUCCCCGAGAAAAACAGUCAAGGGUCCAGCGGGAGGGAGGAGGUGACUCCACCCCUGUCACCAGACGACCUGAAGUACAUCGAGGAGUUUAACAGCAAGCGCUGGGACUUCCCCAGUGCACCGGGCCCUAACGGGACCCCAGAACCUCCUAUGGAGGCUUGGGCAGAGGACAGGAGAGUGGAGCCGACUUCAGAAGCAUUCCAGCCAGCAUCAUGGUACCUCACCACAAGCGCCACCCUCACCACCAACACGUUCAGCAGCCCGGAGCACUGCCUGAAACAGUCCCCAAGGAACAACGUGGGGCCGGACCGCUGUGGGGUCAAGGUCUUCCACAGCCCCGUGCGUGGCUGCAAGAUGGAGAGCGAGGAGAGGCCCGCGGUGGGCCCCGAGCUGGUUUUCACGGUGACCAAAGCGAAAGGCGGCAAUACCAAAGGAGAGGUGGAAGAGGUGUUCAGGGGGUGGCCUUGUGAACUCCCGAAACACCACAAGGAGCUGCUGGAGAGCGGACUCCACCCCGCCGAGCACCCCGUAUGCCCCACAAUGGGGUUCCCCUCGUCCCUCCACGAGCUCCAGCUGCCGAAGAACCUGAGCGACGACAUGAAAGAGGUGGCCUUCUCGGUGAGGAACGCCAUCCGCUCCAGCCCGGCCGAGCGCCACUUCAAGGACACCGCCUGUCAGACCAACGGCUUCACCACCAGAGGAACGCAAACCACUCAGACCAUCAGCGUGGGCCUUCAGACCGAAGCCCUUCGAAACCUCACCAGCAGCCCUCACAAGUGCUUAACCCCCAAGGGUGCCUCCACGCCCAUCUCCUCUCCAUCCCGCAACUUCAGGAAGUUGCCCUUCUCACCCGUCGUACAGAGCAAAUUUGAGCGCCAGUGCUGCUCUCCGAAGUACGGCUCCCCCAAGGUCCAGCGGAAGGUCCCCACCAAGGUGGACCAGGCAACCAGCAAGGCAGUCGCCCCGACGACACCGCAGAAGGGCCACAGUGAAUCGGCUUGGGCCCGGUCCACCACCACGCGGGACAGCCCAGUCCACACCACCAUCAACGACGGGCUCUCCAGCCUCUUCAACAUCAUCGACCACACACCGCUGGCCUACGAUCCCUUGCCGAAGUUCAGCAAGUCCCCCAACCGGUCCCAUCCUGCGGAGCCAAGGCCCGUGGAAACCAGGUCGUCUGGCCUGAGCGUGGUCCAGGACUGUCUAAAGAAUGUUGGGGGCAGGUCCCCUAGUCCUGUUCAGUUGAUUGUCGAGACUCAGGGGGAGAAAACCCCAGAGGGUGUGACCGUAAGACAGGACCUGUCAGCUCCUCCAGGCUAUAACCUUGCUGAAAAUGCUGCCAGGAUACUGAAUAAAAGACUGCUAGAGCAGACCUUCAGGGAUGAUAAAAGGCUGCCCUCGGCCAACCAAACCAGCUUCGGCAAGGAUGGAAGACCAUGUGACGGGGAGAAGUCACUGCAGGGAUCCAUUGAGGAACUGCCACGCUCUCCUGUUGUUCCACCGCUGGAGUCCUGCUUUCUGAGACCUGCCCGACCAGCCAAUCAGCGGCCACCGUCCCGUUGGGCCGCCUACUCCCCUUCCUCCUCACCAAACUGGUCCAAAUCCGAGAGGAGGUUCUGUUUCCCGCCAGUGCAAUUCUGUCUGUCUCUACCACAGACUGAAGCCCUUGGCCAAGACAACACUCUGGUGUGAAGCUCCCUCACCAUCACUAUCCAGCCUCACCUUUGUAGCCUCACCUUCACCCAUGUCUCAGAACCUGUGGUGCAGAGGUGAACUAGGAACUGGACGUAUGAGCGUGACAUAAUGUCCUGGGUGAACAUUUUAAAUUUAAAGUACACUAACUGGCAAAUCUGACAUAUGCUGUGUCACAAAAAAUACAAAUCUAAGAAACGUGCCUGUUAAAAACCUGAGUUCUUGACUGUAAAAAUAUGUGUGUGUGUGUGUGUGUGUAUGUGUCUGUUUUCACAUGCAUAUGUAUAUAUAUUUAUUUUUUAUGGGUUAAUCAGAGGUUUUUUUUCUGGUCUAAAAAGUAACUGUAGAACAUCACUUAAUUUGUCUCAGGUGUCUUCUGGACUGCAUUAAAUAGUUUGUCCUUUUAUAUUUUAAUUUUGGUAAUCAUUUGCACUUUACUUUUCCCAGAAAUUAAUUCUUUGUCUUACCUUUAAACUUUCACCAUUUAUAUUCUUACCUUAUGAAGCUUAAGCUGAAAAACAAAAAGAAUUUAAUGAAUGGAAUUUUGAAUUAAAAAAACUGCUUCAUAUUGAUUGGAGCAGGUAAACAUGAUGUCAUAAAUUUGCUGGUGCAUUCACUUUAAUGAAUGUUCAGUUCUCUGACAGAUGUCAGAUUUUUUCAGAACUGAGAGGGAAACUGAAUGAUGCACAGCGGCAUACAGUCGUAUGCAUCUCUGUGAUAUAUUGAUCUGCAUGCCUUUUAGACCAUAGCACUUUAGUGCAUGUAUUUACAAGCUGCGAUAAUUUAUCAUGACUCAUUAUGUGAGCCCUUGACUACACUGUAAAAAUAAAAUGUUGUGUGUAAUCACGUACUGUAAUUUUGUCGUAAACCCAAUUUGACUCAUUGAAAUUUAAAUGUAAAUAACUGUAUCUUUAAAAAUUCUGUUUACAGUUGUUAUGGCUGAAGCAGAAAACUCAAAGGGAUGAAUGGAAAAAUAUGUUUCAAGCAGAAUGAUCUGUGUAAGAUUAGGACUGGCUAUAAUGAUUAUAUGGAAAUAAACUGAAAAUGCAUUUACAGUG